AUGAAGAAGCUGUUCAAAAAGUAUGCAGCGAAGAAACUAAUUUCUCGUGGCGAAGAUGCCCUGGCUCCGACCAAAAAGCAAUGGGAAAACAUUUCACAAUAUCACCAAGGCAAAGUAUUGCAUCAUCGCACCCAUCCAGUACUCACCAGAAGAGGCUACGUGACUGAUGAAGCAAAGAUCAGGAAGCAUGAGGAGCUGAAGAACUUCGCAUUGGAGCUGUAUGACAUUGCAAAGAAGAUUGCCGAAAAAUGUGAAGAACGAAAAAUGACACGUAUCCUUGUCCUGAAGGAGGGCACUCAAGAGGAUCAACCAUACAAGCAGAGAAAGAAGUCGGUGACGCUGAAAACUCAGGAGGCACAUUCUGCAGACCCAGGACGCCUCAGGUCUGGUACCGUGUACAAGGACCUCCAUGAUGAUACGGAGGAGGAGUGUGAUGUUGAAGCUACUCAGAGAAGAAGAAUUAAAGGAAAAAUGCUCAUGAGGGAGACCCAGACGCCCCUUCCACGGAUAAAUGAUGAACUUCUGUACCCGGCUUCCGAGCCUGAAGACAUGGAAGCAUAUCACAAGGAGAAGCACAGCUACAAGCAACUGAGCAGAGACCGGCUCAGAGAGGAUACAGGGGGAACUCCAGAGGAAGGAGUAGAGGGAGAGGAUUUCAAGGACAAAGAGGCAAUCUGGUACGAGAACCCACCCCGGAACCAAUUUAAUGGCCGGCGACGAAACCAACCGCAAUUCUCCGGACCCUACAACGGAGAGCAGCAGAUGUGGACGCCCAAUGACAUGCCACAGCCCCCACCCCCGCCUGAACAAAACAUGAGUAUGCGUGGAAACUCGUACACACAGUACCAGGAUGGGCCUGGAGGCUCUUAUUGA